GACCAGCCGGGAAAAUUUAUAUGCUCAUUCAGAGUGAGAAGAUCAAGAAUGACUACACGUGUCUCUGGUUGGCAAGAUGCUAUGGGCCAGUUCUACUAUGCUUUCGAUGUCCUGGAAAGAUUGGACCCCAAUCCUGAAUACUGGGAAGGCAAGCGAGGGGCGUGCGUGGGCGUAUUCCAGCAGAUCAUUGCUGGUCAUGAACCAAGAGAAACACUCUGUGAGACAUCCUCCAAAUCUUGCGCAACACCAGUAACCCGCAGGUGGAAUACAUCAUCCGUGUCAUGAAGAAGUGGGCCAAGGACAACAGGGUACCAGUUUCCUGAGGUGGUCCCUAUCCUAGUCUUGAGAUUGUUUAGAUUUGUACAUCCCAAAUGUCCUGCUUCGCAAAGGGAUUUUCCAAAGUAUUUGUUCUUCACAUUGGGAAAUUUGCCUUGAAAUAUUUCUCUAUUUAGCUUUGGCAAGAUGGUUAUGCAGGAGAAAACAACAGUUCUGGAGAGAGGCUUAAGUCUCUCAUGGCAUAAACAAAGUAGGCUUGCCUGGUUAAGCUGGACUGUGUGACUCGGUCAGUGACUCAGUCAACAACUCAGUGACUCGAUCAGCAACUCAGUGAUUCAGUCAGAUUCAGUCAGUGACUCGGUCAGUGACUCGGUCAGUGACUCGUCAGUGACUCGUCAGUGAUUCGGUCAAUGUCUUGGUUAGUGAAUCACUCAGUGACUCAUUGAGCAACGUGGUGGCUGUCAUCAACUCAGUGACUUGGUCAGUGACUCCGUCAGUGCCUCAUUGAGCGACUCAGUGACUCAGUCAUGCAGUGACUCGGUGACUCGGUCAGUGUCUCAUCCCGCAGUCAGUGAUUCGGUCAGUGACUCGGUCAGUGCCUCAUUGAGU